AUGCCACCACAAAUUAUAUUCUUGCAAAUAACAGAUAAUAUAUCAACACCAAUAAAAGUAUUUGUUAGAAGAUCAACAACAAAUGGUAAACCAUCUUCAUUAUCAAUUAAUCAAAAAUCAUUAAUAACAUUAAAAAAUAAAUAUCAUAUAAAAUUAUCAAAAAAUUAUUUAGAUAAUAUAAUAGAAGACUUAAAAGAAGAUUUAGAAGAUAUUUUAUUUCAUAAGAAUGAUGUAUAUUCCAAUAUAGAAGUCAAUAAAAAAGGUUAUAAAUGUAUAAUACCACAAUCAUUAAUAAUUGGAAUAAGAAUUGAAUUGGAUUUAAUGAAUAUGGAAUAUGUUGAAAAGAAACCAAAUAAUUAUAAUAACUUGGAUCUAUUAAUUAAAGAGAAGAUGUUUAUAGAACAAGAAGAAGAAGAAGAAGAGAAGUCUAAAGUGAAGUUAAUAAGUUGUAAAGUAUUUGGUGAUCUAUCGAAUUGUAUAAAAAUAUAUAUUGAAUAA